GUAACGUGUCAGAAGCAGGCUGUCAUCAUACCGGUGUCACAACCGCUGCCGACCGCUGUUGCUAACAUACACCUCUUGAAGUUCACAGAGCGGACCGAACAUUUCUUUAAAAAUGGCCAAAAAGCGGAGAGAAGGACGGGAGACCGACGGUCUGUCCUCAGCCCAGGAGGAAAUUAAGGCUAAUGCUAGCGACUCACAAGUACUGAAAGAGGCUCAGCAUGCAGCGGGGGGCUCGGCACGCAUGUCCUUUAUGAUACUGGUGGCUAUCUUCUCCUGCUCUGCCUCAGUCAUGUACCUGGUCUACAGGAACUUUCCAGAGCUUCCUGAUGAUGAAAUGGAAAAAAUCAAGAUCCCUAAAGAUAUGGAUGAUGCCAAAGCAUUGGGAACAGUGCUGUCAAAAUACAAAGAGACAUACUACACCCAAGUGUUGGUGGCCUACUUUGCAACAUAUGUUUUCCUCCAGACAUUCGCUAUCCCAGGCUCCAUCUUCCUCAGCAUCUUGUCUGGAUAUCUUUACCCUUUCCCGUUGGCUCUAUUUUUGGUCUGCUUGUGCUCUGGACUGGGUGCUUCCUUUUGCUACAUGCUGUCAUACCUGGUGGGCAGGCCUGUGGUCUACAAAUACCUCUCAGAGCGAGCACAGAAAUGGUCCCAGCAGGUUGACAAACAUAGAGAUCAUUUAAUUAAUUACAUCAUUUUCCUGAGGAUAACCCCGUUUCUUCCCAACUGGUUCAUCAACAUUACCUCACCAGUCAUCAACCUGCCUUUGGGGGUUUUCUUCAUUGGUACCUUUCUUGGAGUGGCACCGCCGUCUUUCGUAGCCAUCAAUGCGGGCACACAACUGUAUAAACUGACCACAGCCGGUGAGGCUGUGUCCUGGAACUCUCUGGCUGUACUCGGCAUCUUGGCCGUGCUAUCCAUCUUGCCUGUCUGCUUCCAGAAAAAUUUGCAGAAGAAGCUAGAGUAGAUCUCUCAGCACCUCAGCACCUCAUCUGCUCGCUGAUCCCAACGCCCCCCUCUCCGUCAGCUCAGGAACGUGCAGCAGUCACUCAAGUUGCUUCAGCUCUGAGUCUGACUGCUGGCACAGAACGCACUCAUCGACCACAAAACCGCAUGCAGUGGUGGGUUGUUCCUGAUGUGAAGUACCGUAUAAACUGGCCGCUGCUUGCACAAGUUUUUCUGUGAACUAUUAUUUUGCUCUUUUGUUGGUUCUGCCAGUUAGGCACAUGUUGUAAAUAACAGACUUUUUUGCUUUUGUUUUUAUUCAACGCAUUUUGUGUGAAUCUUCCUAGAAAAUUGAAGGUGCUACUUGGAAGGUGUUCAUUUUAAAAGAUCAUGAUGAGAUCUUGUAUGUAGCACCUUCAAGGUCAGCUCCCUUUUUAGAUAUUUUUAACAUGCUUGUGACAAAUUUCAACUAAUGAAGGGUACCAGCACAGCAAUAACUGUCACAGAGUUUAAGUAUUGAGAAGUGUUGAUAUCUGUUGCCUCAGUAAACACUAAGAGUGAGAAAGGAAAGAAAUUACCAGUCUUAGUAAUUGCUUCAUUGUGUUGACAUGUAGGGGAGUUAUACCUCGAGAUGUGCCUGGAUUCACUGCCAUACAAGCUUUUUAUUUAUUUUCAUCUGUCCAUGUUUGUAUUGUUAGUCUAAAGAAGCUCUGUCUUUACCACUGUAACUUGUAGAAAACAGACUUAAUUGAUGCAAUAUGCACGAAGCUCCAAACUGCAGGUUACUGAACUGUACAUGAUGGUAUUUGUAAUCAAGAAGGGAGCGUAGCUUAUAAGAGAUUGGUGUUUGGUAAGAUGCAUGCAACACAGGGAAGCCAAACAGCACAACUUUGGUUCAUGAACUUGAGAAAAUAUUGUGAGUGAAAUGCAUUCAGAAGUAUUUGUAUGUUUAUCUUUAUGCUCUUCGUGAUAUGUUUUCAGACUAUGUGCGUCUGUUGAUUAAGUUAAGAACUGGAGUUGUUAUCCUUACCAUGAAUGAUUAAACAGGAUCCUCAGUAAGACUGCAAAUGGACAGCUGCCUAAGCCUUACCUUGCUUUUUAUUGCUUCUAGUCUUCACCAGAAGAAAUGUAUGAAGAUGCCUGAUUUUAUGGGUCAUUCUCUACUCUUUCUGUUGUUUUGAAUGGCUACAGUAGUCCUGUGCUAUGAAAGCUUAUUGUUUUUUUCCCUUUUAAUUUAUUUUGCCUGUGUACCAAGCUAACUUACCAGCUGCUGCUGCUUAAUACCCUCCUGAAUUGUCACCAGAGACCUUGAUGCAGUUCCUGUGUAUUUGAUUAACUUAUUUGACUGACAGAUUUUUUUGUCUUAGAAUUGCACAAUAAUUCGGCAGUUGAUUUAGUGCAUUUUAAUAAUUUCUGUUUGUACUUUUAUGUCUUACUAUCCAGCAGAAUGACACUGUUCUUUAUUACUAUUAACAUCUCAAUUCCUGACUUUAAACAGUGACACAACCAUCAAAAUAUGAGUACGUGCUGUAUGAGGAUGCUAAUGUCAGAGUGUUUUCUGCUGUUGUGUUUUUAAUGCAGGAAAUAACUUUAUUUCAGUGUACUGCUGGGCUGUUAUUAAAGCCCUUAAGGUGCAUUCGUUAAUUGUCAUCUUGGAAAUAGAAAUGCAUCUUCUCUUAAUUCAAAAGUUUAUUUCUUUGAUAUGUAUUUAAAAGCUAGAUUUACUUCUUGGAAGCUCUUCAUAAUGCGAAGUCUCCCAAGGUAUUAAAGAUUUUACUCAUUAUUCACAUUAAAACUUGACAUAUUUAAUCCUAAAACUAUACUUAAACUCACACUGAUCAUAUACCAAUAUUUAAAUAUAAACACUGUUUUUUAUAUUACCCCAUAAAGAUGAUUUUUGUUUAACUUGCUGUAAACAUUUCACUGAGAAAUACUCUUUUGUACUGAGCAGUAAUGCUUAGUGUAAAAUGUUUACAGAAGUUUCUGUUCUACCUAAUCAUUUUUGAAAUAUUUAUUUAAUCAUUAAAAUUUUCUUGAACAUA